AUGUUGGACAUGUUACUGCUGUUGUUUGCGUUGGCGCCGCCCUCGAGGCAGAGUCCCGUGCCGAAGCAGGCUCAGAUGGGACACAUCGAUGCGUUGACGAGGCCGUUGAGCUUUACGACAAACGGGACUUUUCAGGUGUCCAUCUUUGAGGAUCUUCAUUUCGGCGAGAAUGCGUGGGAUACUUGGGGCCCUCAGCAGGAUAUCAACUCGGUCAAGGUCAUCAACAAGGUGCUCGAUCGAGAGUCUCCGGGGCUCGUCGUGCUCAACGGCGACCUCAUCACGGGCGAGAACACGUUCCUCGAAAACAGCACGCUGUACGUGGACCGGAUCGUCCAGCCGCUCGUUGAACGACACCUGACCUGGGCGUCGACAUACGGAAACCAUGACCACAACUUCAACAUCUCCGGCGAGGGCAUCCUGGAGCGGGAGCGGCGGUGGCCCAACGCCCGGACGCGCAGCAUGGUUCCCGGGCGAGCCGCCGGCGUCUCCAACUACUAUCUGCCGGUGUACGCGGCCGGGUGCAACGAGCUGCAGUGUUCCCCUGAGCUGCUGCUCUGGUUCUUUGACAGCCGAGGCGGCUUCUACUUCCAGGAGCGCCAUGCCGACGGGAGCCAGGUCGGGCAGCCCGACUGGGUCGACGUCAGCGUCGUCGACUGGUUCCAGCAGACGAACCAGCGGUUCGUGGCAAAGCACGGCCGCAUCAUUCCGUCGCUGGCCUUUGUCCACAUCCCGACGGAAGCCUCGCAGGCCCUGCAGACGGAGAAGGGGCAGGGCAGCGUCGACAGACACCUCCAGCCGGGCAUCAACGACGACUAUCCGCUGGCUCAGCAGGCGCAGGGAUGGUGCGCCGACGGCCGCAACGACGGGUCGUGCGCCUACGGCGGGCAGGACGUGCCCUUUAUGCAGGCCGUGGCCUCGACGCCGGGGCUCCUGGCCGUCUUCUCGGGCCACGACCACGGGGCCACCUGGUGCUACAAAUGGGACCGGCUGGUGCCGGGCAUGACGGUGGCGGGGACGGGCGUCAACCUCUGCUUCGGACAGCAUUCCGGGUACGGAGGCUACGGCAACUGGAUCCGCGGGUCGCGGCAGGUCCGCGUCGACCUGAGGAGCCUGCGCGACAGCAGCCGGUGGGAGGCCCAGACGUGGAUCCGGCUGGAGAGCGGCGACGUCGUCGGGUCGGUGGUGCUGAACGCGACGUACGGGAGCGACUGGUAUCCCGCGACGCCCGACACGAUGACUUACUGCCCGACGUGCAACUACACGGUCGUCACGCCGGGUCCGGGGUCCUUUCAGAAGAAGGUUGCUCCCGUGCGGCGGCGGUGGUGA